GAAAUGCCGACUUAACCUCGAUUCGUCCAGAAUGUCAUUCUCGAUUUCUCCGUGGAGCGUGUUCAUGUGAGUCUUCUUUGUGUUUUCCUAUCGAUACUCGUCUGUGAAUCCUUUGUGCUUAUUUAUAGGCAUUCGGCAGUUACUAGGCGAUCACCGGGACAGAUGGGGAUGAUGAGUACAGAAACCGAGCAAAGGCCGGUGAUCACUCACUUCAGUCAUCCACAUCCCUUAGAGAUCACAAGUCUCCCGGAAAAGCUCCAAGCAGCCUGUUCCGGUUGCGGGAUCAAGAUCUUCCCAGGGAAGGCCUAUUACGCAUGCAAGACCUGCGAGUUCUGCCUCCAUGGGACCUGCUAUAACCUUCCGAGGAAAAUCUACCACCCAGCUGACCCGAACCACCACCUGAUCCUCAUCCUGUCUCCGUCCUUCCGCUGCAGAGGGUGUGGGAACCCCGGGAACGGAUUUUCCUACAACUGCAACGUCUGCUCUCAGGACUACCAUUCCUUGUGCACUCUCAAGCCUCUCUCGAUAACACACCGUUCUCAUUCCCACCCGCUAAUAUUGGAGUUUGCGCCAGCUUACGAAGGGAAAGGGUUCCGAUGUGAUCUGUGCCAGAACCCAGGGGGCCUUGAUCACUGGUUCUAUAGCUGCUCAGGAUGUGGGUUCGACGUCCACCUCGACUGUGCUAAAUCUAUGACAGAACCACUGAGAGUCCAAGUUCCUUUGAAUCCGGCAAAGAACUACUCAAACCGGUCAGUCCCAAGCUGUGAUGGGUUCGGUCCAGCUGGUGCUCAUGUAGCUGAUCCAGCGAUGCCUAUUACGCCGAUAACAACUCAAAGAGGCCCUCCCACGAACAACACGAGCUUUCCAAUGGUUGCAUCGCAGUUUAGUCCUCCUGGAGCUCCUUUUGUUAAUCAAGGGGGCUUCGGUUAUGCUAGUGGGGCACCUAUUUAUGGAAUGAAUACCGGUGUUCCCGGGGGGAAUAAUGUCUUCCCUACGGGAUCUUAUGUAGGAAAUAACCAGACUGUCUUCCUGAGGACAACGAAUGGAGCUCCGAUGACAACUGUUCUUCAACCAAAUGGAAGUGCUCUAAGCUAUGCGCAUGCGACUCCGAUGGGUGUUGCUCCUAGUCAGGGAGGCAUGAUGAAUGGGAUGCAAGGGUUGAUUAUUGGUGGAGUUGCCUCUGGGAUUGGGCAACAAUUGGGACAGGACGUGGUUCACAGCUUGACUAAUGGGCUUGGAGGUGAUUCUGGUUCCGGUUCCUCUGAUAGCAGUGGACUUUCGGACAUCGUGGGUUGCUGGAUUGGCGGUUCUGAUUACUACUAGUUCGGGAUUUCAUCUGUAAGCAUGUCCGAAGUAGUUCUUUCUUUUUCAGUCAGUUGCGUGAUGAAUUUGCUGAGCUUAAGAAUGUUUAUUAUGUACUCUACUGCAGAAUGAACCAUCAUGUUGUGUUUAA